AUGAAUAAGGGCCCGGGAGGCUCCGCGGGCGCCCUCCCGAGGCGUCGGGCCCCUAGCGCCGGAGGGGGCCCCCACGCGCGCUGGCCGCCUCCCCCGCGCCCCGGAAGUUUGCGAACUCACUCCCCCACCGCGCCCCGCGGGACGCGCGCCCCGGCCCCGCCAGCUCGGGCGCCGAGGUGGUCGGGUGCGGAGGGCCGAGGCGGCGGGGCGGCCCGAGAGCAAAAAUCGCUGUCCAGCCCCAUUGGCGGAACCGCCCGGGCCGCGGGGCUGACUCAACCCGCCCGGCCGCACUCAACGGCGCCUUCCGGCGAAAGGGAGAGGCCGGAGAGGGAGGGGGACGCAAGGGCCGCGGGCCGACGAGGGGCUGCGGCGGGACCUGGGAGCAGGAGGACCGGGAAGAAGUUUCAGGACCAGCGCCACAAGCAGCUCCGCUCCUCAGGACUGACUCGAAGGACGCUCGGGCCCGUGCGGAGGCGACGGCCCGGCCUCCACUGGGGAGGGGGUCCCGGCUCCACACCGCUCCCCAAGGACGCCCCCGGCCCAGCCCCCGGGCCGCGCCGGUGUAACCCGAUCCCGCUCGGCCGCCCGCCCCCGCCCCGCUCUGCGGGCGCCGCCGGAGCCACAGUAUCUGCAAAUCAGCCCUGGACAGCGCCUCGCUCCGCGUCCUUCCGCGCCCUCCCCCUGCCACUGCCGCCGCCGCCGCCGCCCGGCCGGCCCUCCCCCACCCCGACCGAGCCCCCAGCCCUGAGCCGCGCUUACCGGCCUUCCUAG